UCGAGCAAAGUUCACAAUGGAUCAACCCGUGAAACUUGCCAAGGUUAACCGUGUGCUUGGUCGCACCGGAAAUACUGGAAAUGUGACUCAAGUUCGUGUCGAAUUUAUGGACGCCGAAGGAGCUGGCCGCUCGAUUGUUCGUAACGUAAAGGGGCCGGUCCGGGAAGGCGAUAUUCUUUGUUUGCUCGAAUGGGAGCGAGAAGCCCGUCGUCUUCGAUAAAUACUAGCACUGAACCAAAUUAAAAUUCGGAAGAAGAGAA